AUGGCUACGUCCACUAAAGCAACUGCUCCGGUGCCAGACUGGAUAACGAAAGAAUUUUUCGUCGACGUGAUUACCACUAAACUAGCGCGUCCGGUAUCGGAGUUCGAAAUUACUGACCUGAACGUGAAGCCGGCCACAGAAUCGGGUGAUAACUACGCCUCGGUGCUGUACCGGGUGCAGGUGACGGUGGAGGUCCAGGGUAGCCCUGUCGUCGUGCCACUUAUCGUCAAGGCUUUGCCGAACUUAGGGAUAACCAAUGACCUGAUUCAAUCGAUGAAUCUAUUUCCUCGCGAAACCGAUAUGUACGGUCAGGUGCUACCCGCACUAGAAAAGCUGUACGCAGAGCGAGGCCGUGUGAUUACCUUUGGGCCACGUUGCUGGAAGCUGUGCUCCAAACCGACGACUGCGCUCGUGUUGGAGGAUCUUCGCGAGCGUGACUUCCGGAUGGCGAACCGACGCCAGGGCCUAGACAUGGACCACAGUCGUAUGCUGUUGCGUCGGUUGGCACAGUUCCAUGCCGCUUCCGCGGUGUACUGCGAGCAAAACGGACCGUACGACGACAAAUUUCAAGAGGCCAUGUUUGCUGAGAAAGGCCGCGCCAUGCAUGAGCAAUUCCAGAAGCUGCAAUCCGACUUUAUGUACAUGAUCUUCAGUAACUGGUCCGAUAAGGGAAAGUACUUCGCAGAGAUUAUGAAACAUUGGGGUAUGGAUAUGUUUGAUGUAAUGGUGAGGCGUAUGCGUGCUAGUGCGCACCGUUUUAACGUACUGAACCAUGGAGACGCGUGGUGCAACAACAUUCUCUUUCACUAUGACGACAAGAACGCGCUGGAUGAGAUUGCAUUGGUAACACUAUUGGCAACGCAUAUACACAUGUAA